UCAGUUCCUGGGAGUGCUGGCGAACUUUGAUAUUCCUUUUUGACUGUGAUAUUUUAGUGUUUAAGUGUGUGGAGCUUCUAUCAAAAGGGAUCAUCUAUUUUUAAGCAAAGUCCACACGAAUGCGAGGGAAAGAUAUCAAGUUUUGGUGACUGUGUUUCACUGCCUGGUUUUACAUUGCAAUUGUGAUAGCUAAUCGCAUCCCAGAACUAGUGAAUGACAUCCACUUGUCAUUGUGAUACAUCGGAGAACACUUGUGCAUCAAGGUUUAUAGUUGGGAGAUAGCAGGAGGCCUUUUUGUUUUGUCUUAGUUAUAAGGUAAAGAUCCACCAGGAAAGAACACAGGAUUGAAGAUCAUCCGAGUAGUGUAAGCAACCGCUGGUCUGCCGUUGCGCGAGGGAGAGAAAGGAGAAAGGGAGAUAGAGAGAAGGAGAACUCCCCUUUUCCUUCCCGUCCAAAUUCGCGACGCGUUGAGAGGAAUAGGAGGAGGAGGAGGAGGAGUUGGGGGAGGAAGGCUUACAGGUAAAGGGGGAGGAGGCGCACCACUUGUCUCUCGGGUCGCAGCUGGUCAUCCGCACCAGCUGUGAUUGCUUAAGUGUUCUUCAGCAGGUGUACGUUGGCGGAUAGGCUACUGUGAGUGCCGAUGCUGGCCGCCACCCGGGGUCCCCCAGGCCCCACGCCCACACAGCCCCCCGCCACUUCUAUGCCAGAGCCACGCCCACACUCCCACAAGGUGCACCUUCAACAGGGUCCUGCUCGCUUCCACAAACCUUGGUACAAUCCCCCAUGGGUGAGUGACAGCAGCAAGACUUCCAGUAAAGCGGCCGAUAAGGGACACAGACCAAGGGGUGAGGAUGGCGUGGGUGGCGUGUCAGGCGGCGGGGGUGGGGGUGGCAGCGGGUCGUCGUCGACGAGGGUCUCUUCGUCGCGUUCACGAACCGAAGAGAUUGGCAAGUACCGCCUUCUCAAGACCAUCGGCAAGGGCAACUUCGCAAAGGUCAAACUCGCCAAACAUGUGCCCACUGGCAAGGAGGUAGCAAUAAAAAUCAUAGAUAAAACUCAACUAAAUCCAGGGUCAUUACAAAAAUUAUUUCGAGAAGUCCGUAUCAUGAAGAUUCUAGAUCAUCCAAAUAUUGUCAAACUCUUCCAAGUCAUAGAAACAGAAAAGACACUGUACCUGGUCAUGGAGUACGCAAGUGGUGGGGAAGUAUUCGAUUACUUGGUCUUCCAUGGUAGGAUGAAGGAAAAAGAAGCAAGGGCUAAGUUCAGACAGAUUGUGUCUGCUGUACAGUACUGCCAUCAAAAGAAGAUAAUUCAUAGGGAUUUAAAGGCAGAAAAUCUAUUAUUAGAUUCAGAAAUGGUUAUUAAGAUAGCAGAUUUUGGUUUCAGUAAUGAAUUUACUCCUGGCAAUAAGUUGGACACAUUUUGUGGUAGUCCGCCUUAUGCAGCUCCCGAACUCUUUCAAGGUAAAAAAUAUGAUGGCCCAGAAGUAGAUGUAUGGUCUCUGGGUGUAAUAUUAUACACUUUGGUCUCGGGUUCUUUACCUUUCGAUGGUUCUAAUUUAAAAGAACUAAGAGAACGGGUCCUAAGAGGGAAGUAUCGGAUACCAUUUUAUAUGUCAACAGACUGUGAAAAUCUGCUCAAAAAGUUCCUGGUACUCAACCCAGCACGUAGAGCGUCAUUAGAGACUAUCAUGAAGGAUAGAUGGAUGAACAUUGGUUAUGAAGAUGAUGAACUCAAGCCCUACAUAGAACCUGCGAUGGACUUCGAUGACCUAAAACGAAUUGAGAUUCUCACAGAGAUGGGUUAUUCCCAUAUAGAAAUAGAGGAAAGCCUAAAGAAUAAUAAAUAUGAUGAUGUAUAUGCGACGUAUCUAUUACUAGGGCGAAGAUCUUCUGAUCUUGAAAGUGAUGGCUCCCGAUCAGGCAGUUCAUUAUCUCUACGGAAUACGUGUCUCACGCCAGGGAGGGGUGAGUCUAGUGGUGCGGCUCAGUCUCCUUCCCAUCGGGGAGUCCACCGCUCGGUCUCGGCCACCAACUCCAAGCCCUCGCGCAGAGCAUCCUCCGGUGGGGAGACCAUUCGUGGUGGAGGUACAACUCCUGUUUCAACUAAUGCACACAACCAUGCGGGUACCAACAACUUCCGCCGGCAAAAUACAGUUGACUCUGCGACCAUCAAGGAGAAUACUGCUCGGCUGGCACAAGGUGGUGCGCCAACCACAGCUUCACGUUCAGGCGCACUCAAGAACCAAAAUAUGGCUCCCUUUGACUCAACAGGGGCACCAAGAGCUGGAGGGGCUGGAGCUGCAACUAGCCCAGGGGUAGGAAAAUCUCGUGUUCAGAAAAGUAACACAAUGACCAACAGAACGAUGAGUAGUAGUUCGCGUCGCUCAACUAUUUCAUGUGAUCCUAACAAAGCAUCGUCAACAGAAAAGACAAAUAUUACAAAUGUUCCAGAUUCUGCAAGUGGUGUGGCUGCAGUACCACUCCUCCCUGGGGCCCCUCCCUCAGUGGUGGGGGCCCCGGUGGACAGCCUGUCCCCUGGCCACCCCUCGUCAGCCACUAACUCACGACCUGCAAAAGGUCAUUUCAAGUCAGCGUCCAUUUCUGCGGGCACGGGUGCUGGUCCAGGCCGAGUGGAUCUCUCGCCCUUAGACCACCCCCUAGAUCCUUUACGGUCAAGAUCUGUCGCCUCCAGACCCAGUGGGGACCACAAGAGAUUGCUUAGCUCAUCGAACAAAACACCUGUGUCACCAAGCUCAAUGAAUCGGACUCAACCCUUCCCCCGAAAUGUACCGAGUCGAUCUACCUUCCACAGUGGACAAAAUAGACGGAAUAACAACACAUACUCAGGAGCGCCUUUGGUGACACAGGAUACUAGUGCUCUCACGUCUACCAGCAGGACCAGUUUCUUCUCAAAAUUGUCAUCUAAAUUUUCUAAACGCCCCCUGGAAACACCUACUAGGCAAGCUCCUAGGUAUGUUGGCAAGGAUGGGGGAAUGGAAGCAGAGUUGGCUGAAUGGGUGGCAGGUUGCCGUAUCACUGAGGAGCAUUCCAAAAGCACAUCUGUGAACAAUGAUGAACAAGUUAAGCCUCGAUCAUUACGCUUCACAUGGAGUAUGAAGACGACGUCGUCUCGAGACCCCAAUGACAUCAUGGCUGAGAUUCGCAAGGUAUUAGAUGCUAACAACUGUGAUUAUGAGCAGCGAGAGAAGUUCUUGCUUUUAUGUGUAUAUGGAGACCCCCACAAUACAGACUCCUUAGUUCAGUGGGAAAUUGAGGUGUGUAAGUUGCCUAGACUUAGUUUAAAUGGUGUAAGAUUCAAGAGAAUAUCAGGGACUUCAAUUGGCUUUAAAAACAUUGCAAGUAAAAUUGCCAAUGAACUCAAGCUGUGACUACAAGGAGAUCUUGAACUAGGUGAUUCUCUAGUAGAAGUACCAUUAGGGCAUAACACAGCUUGAUGUUACAGUCCCUAAUUCAGGUCAAAAUGCAGGGGUGCCUGACCAGUGAUGUGUCUGGGUCACACGAUUUUGUCAAGAUUCAGGGAGUCAAAACAUAUUCCGAAACGUGCCUGACAACCAUCUAAGUUGCUGGUGUUUUAAGAAAGUUGUUGUAAAAAUGAUUUAAUUUUUUUUUUUUUUUUUAUGUAAAUGUUUAAAUUCCUUGGCACCAAGCAAGUUUUCGGAGGUGUUAAUGUGCAUUUUCGUGUUCAUGACCUGGACUUUUAAUUAUUAGGCUCCCUUGUAGCUCACCUGACUCAAUGAUUAAGCUCAUCCCUGGGAGCACCUGUCUUAAGAGCUCCAUGGGCCUUCCCCCCAUUGAAGCACCUUCGGCUUGUUGGCUUCCCACCCUCACUCUCCAAAGCUGUCAUGGACCCCUCUCGCUGCUCGAACUCCAGUUGCCUUUCAGGAAUUAUGAUGGCCACGGGAAUCAUUAUGCAUAGGAAUAAGCUGUCUUGACUCCUGAACAGUGAUUUCGUUUCCUUAUUCCUCUAGGAUCAAGAGUGGAGCCAAGUAGCUGUUAAUGCUUUCAAGAACAGUUUUAAGAAUGUGGAAGAUUGCAAAUUAAAAACAAAGUGUCUUAGUACUUACCCUUCCACCAGCACUGGCCGGAUUAGUGUGGUUGUGUAGACGUGUGGUGAUACGAGAACCUCGUAGUGGCCUGAAAUGAGAGGUUUAUCACCCACCAUAUCAUGUAAUCUUCCCGUACAUUGUGUCCGAACCACACGUCUUGUGUAACCAUUUCCUCAGAGGUUACAAUCAACAGCUAACUAGAAAGGUUCUUAAGGAACAGGUUUUCUUUUGUACAUAUUUGGCUGUAGGAAUGUGGAAUUCCGAUUGCCCAUUUUGUUAUGUAAUAUGUAAUUGAAUAAAUGAGUUCAUGGAAUAAUGUACAGACUUGUAAAAAUAUUUUGGUCACAUAGUUGGCUCCAGAACAUAAACCCCCAUAUCCUGGUUAAAAUGCUGUGCAACAUGUAGCAUAAGCAGAGCUUUACUUCCAACAGCCCCAUGCCUCUGUAGAAACCAAAGACUGGGGCCUCAAUUCUGUUGUGCCUGGUUUAUAAGAUUUGAAGGUGUAGUGCAAUGCAGUCUGCAAGUGUGAGCCAACGGUAAAGAUGGUUUUUCUGCCAUAUGCCCCACCUAGCCUUGUUGUAUAUUUACCUCCCUCUGUUGUAAAUGAUGUAAUCUACCGACUGAUUAUCUGUCAGCACCACAGAUUUUUUUCUGUAUAUCCUCUUCCUAUUACCAUGCCCCACUGCUCGUUUCUUUUUAAUUUCCUUUCCUUUUUGGCUACCCACCUUUUUAGGAUCAAGGCAUUGGUCUGGUUCUGUCUAUUGCUUUUAUUUUUUACUUCCAUCCAUUUUGUAGAUAUGUUUCUUUGCAUUACCAUUGUCAUGUUAUUUUAAACUACUGUAAUCAUUUUCAUCUUGAUUAUACUUAUAGUGGUGGCAGUUAGGUAAUAAUCUCCCCUCCCCAUUUUUAUUUCUUUCUGGGAAUAUAAGCAUGUAAAUUCAUAGUUAAAAUAUUUAAUAAAUUUAUGAGAACCAUAUGGACCACAUAUUAAGUCUUUCUAUACACAUCCUUGGGCUUUAAUCCAUAAUUCUCAUGCCUGGUGCAUCUAAAAUUUGUCAUUACAUUUAUCACAGGCAGUCAUCAUGGUCAUUACAGUUAUAAUAUUUGUAUGUUUUGCAGACCUAAUCAAACGAGCUUGUGAUGUAAAAACUCGGGGAUUCCAAUGAUGCAGAUUUUUUUUAUACAUGUUAUAAUUCCAAACCCACCAAUGUAACAUGAGUGGUGAAAAGACAUGUUUUUCUUUUUUUUUUCUAUAUAUUAAUCAUGAAUUUAAUGAUUUAUUUAAAGAUGCUGCAGCAUAUGUUCAUUCCUGUAAUUAAUUGUGUACAUAUUCAACCAGUAGCCCUUGAAAUACAGUGACAGUUCACAA